AUGGACCUCGAAACGAGGGUUAAAGCCUACCGCUUCGUCGCCUAUUCGGCUGUCACAUUCUCCGUCGUCGCUGUGCUUUCAGUAUGUGUUACCUUACCUAUGGUCUACAACUACGUGCAUCAUGUAAAGAGAACUAUGCACAAUGAAAUCAACUUCUGUAAAGGCUCGGCGAAGGAUAUCUGGACGGAGGUGCAUAACUUAAAGAGCCUUCCUUCACCCAACAAUCGUACGGCUCGUCAAGCCGGAUAUGGAGAUGCCGCUGUAACUGGUGGAGCUCAGCAAGGAGGAUCUUGCGAGGCUUGCUGCCUUCCAGGACCACCUGGACCAGCAGGUACUCCUGGUAAGCCGGGUAGGCCCGGCAAACCCGGUGCUCCAGGUCUACCUGGAAAUCCUGGACGACCACCGCAACAGCCAUGCGAACCAAUUACUCCUCCACCGUGCAAGCCUUGUCCUCAAGGACCACCGGGACCACCAGGUCCUCCAGGACUACCAGGAGAUGCUGGACCACCAGGGCAACCCGGACUUCCUGGUCAAGAUGCGCCGCCAGGAGAACCUGGACCCAAAGGUCCACCUGGACCUAACGGAAAUCCUGGACCACCUGGAGCACCUGGAGAACCCGGAAUACCUGCGCAAUCAGAACCACUCGUUCCCGGAGAGCCUGGACCACCAGGAGAGCCAGGCCCACAAGGCCCUCCUGGUCCACCUGGGCAGCCUGGAAGUGACGGAGCACCUGGUCAACCAGGACCCAAAGGUCCCAACGGUCCUGAUGGUCAACCAGGAGCAGAUGGAAACCCAGGGGCACCCGGACCUGCAGGACCUCCUGGGCAACCAGGUGAACGCGGUAUCUGUCCGAAAUACUGUGCGAUCGACGGAGGAGUCUUCUUCGAAGAUGGAACGCGGCGCUAA